AACAAACCUUAGAAGUACUCUGAGAACACGUUCAUCAUUUUGUCUGGCUUGACCAAUGAAUUUUAUAAAAACCCAAGGAUAUUUUGAAAGAUCUCUGUCCAAAUUUCAGUCAAGAGAUGCAUCUUAAUAGAAAACGUGGUACAUUUUAUCCUGUGACUAAUGUUUUGGUCCUUCAUUAUAUGGUGUAAAUCUGCUGGCGGAGGAAGAGAAGACCACUUUCGCCAAGAACAUUUUCACUAGUGGAAAAGAGCUGGUGUACCCAAACAAUAUGAAGCCAUUUGAGAAAACCUGGUUGUUGCCACUGCUGUCCAUUCUUCUAAGAGUUGUCUGCUCCUCCUUUAUUAGUGUCAACCUUGGCAUGAAAGUGAUGAAGGGACAGUCUGUCUUCCUGUCAGAAGAUGACCUCAAGUUCUCCAUCCCCAGAGAGAAGGAUGUGUGCAAAGUUGAAGUUGUGAUGAAUGAGCCAAUAACACAGAGGGUUGGGAAACUAACUCCACAGGUUUUUGAUUGCCACUUCCUUCCUAAUGAAGUCAAAUAUACCCACAAUGGUUGUCCAAUUUUAGAUGAAGACAUGGUCAUGCUCAGGCUGUACAGGUUUACAGAAACCGAAACGUUUGUAGAAACAUUCACCCUCCACGUGCAGUUACUUGAGCCAGACUGUAACAUCAUCAAAAUGCGCUCCCGAGCCCUGGAGGUACCUGAGUACUAUGGCCUGUCUAGGACAAUUGACAAGAAUGUCCUCACUUUUGACUACGACAGGAAGAUAAAUCUGGAAUGUACCAUUUCCAUAGCCUCUUCGGAAACCCACCUGCCUGCUCAUGGCCAGCUCAUCGUGGGGGAAGUGCAGCAAGAACAGCUUCGUGGGGAUCAGCCACGGAGCUUCUUCCCUGGCCCUAAGCACAGCCCAGGCCAGCAGUGCAGAAAUGGGAGCUGUAAACAGGGAGUGGGAGUCAUCCACAACACAAAAAUGAGCUGUGAAGAGUUUCUUAGGAUGGGGAUUCGGUAUCAGCACCUUGACCCUCCCUCGCCAGACACGGAUUAUAUUCCUGUGAGGCUGGAUCUCACAGACAGCAGAAGCAAAACUCUGCACAAGACUGAAUAUGCAUGGCUCCCUGUUCAGAUUAAAGGCGCUAUUCGCAAUCAAAUUCCCAAACCUGCUCUGGGGGCAAAGUUCUUCCUGGAAGUAGACCAAUUUAUUUUAACCUCCAUUACAACCACAACGGUUGAUGCUGAAGACAAUGAAACUCCAAAGUCCCUGCUUGUAUUCAACAUUACCAAGCCACCUCUGCAGGGCUUCAUCACUCAUUUAUCAGACCACACAAAACCUGUUGGCUCCUUCACAUGGAAAGAUCUCAGUGAAAUGCUCAUUGCUUACCAGCCUUCAAAUAACAGCCACACAGAGAGGAGGAGUUAUAAG